GAAAGUAAAACGAAAAAUACAGCCGGGAAAGGAUUUUUCUAUUCAAGAAGAACCGAUUCUCGUGUCGUAGUAGGAAUAGCCUAUAGUACAGUGAGUAUAUUCAUAUACAUAUUCAUAUAUUUAUGCAAAAUAGUGAGCCCUCAUACGGCAACGUGGUCUCCACCACGGCCCCUUGUAAGAUGCGGCAGAGUAGCUACGUGUUCUCCCAUGACGAAGAGGAAGGGGGAAAAAAGCUAGAGAAGCUUACGAUGCACCUCUCCGCGCGAGGCUUUCUCGAUGCGGUAUGGAUUUUUGCUACCGAAGACGAAAACUGCUGCCCUGGGGUGAUUCUUCGCCACGAUGCGGGGCUGUUGGCAGGAUCGGGCGGUUUUUUCCUUGACGGUGAGAUCCCCUCGCUGGGAUGUGAGGUUCUUUUGGGGGUGCGCGACGAUCCUCUCACGAACCUCCUCGCGAGCAAGAUCGUACACAGCGUGAGGAAAUACGGCGAGGAGCGACCGAUCAUCUUGUGCUUAAGCGUGGUGAAAACUGGUAAGAGGCUGCGGUCUAUGGAAGAGAAAAAACGCUUUUUGGAGGAAGUAAAGGUGGAGGUGAUACGUCUGGUCACCGGAGAGGGGGCACUCUCACGUUAGUCGAAUUUAUUGUGGGAUACCAAAUGGACGAUAAGGGAAGUAUCCAUCUGUUGCAUAGGUAUUCCUUCGUUUAAUAGCAACAA